GAUAUUCAUGGAUGUGCGUAAGGGCUAAUAGAUCCUAGGACAAUACUUGAAGGUGACAGCCCUGCAUGAGGACGGGUCACAGUUUUCGUUUGCAGAAGAAAGUCACCAUUUAUGUACAUAUUGUGAAAGGUAAAGUUGACUCUACCUGAUACACAUUCCCAACAAUGACUGAUGAUAAAGGGAGACAACUGAUGGAUGACAAAGUUGUGGACUACUUCAACACCUUGGACAGUUUGUACUGUUGUCAACAGGAAUUUCAAGACCAGCUCAGCGCCGGAUUUUUCAACUUGUCCAAAGCGCGUUACACAAUGGGUGUGAAGGCAGUUGGUGCUUUACAGUUUGAUGAACGUGAAACGACGCCCUUAGCUACGAUCAAUGUGAAUUCAGAAGGAGAUACCACAGAUUUGUUUGUACUGGUGAGGGAAGGGUCAGAAGUGAGCAGUACCAAUGAGGAAUCAGGAAAACCCAGAAAGCGAGGGCAAAAAUGCACCAACAAAGACGACACUGAAAAAGAAGAUUUUGACGACAUGGAUUGGAUUAAUGAUCAGAUAAAGAAGAUGGGCAUUGGAUCCCUGGAUGGACUUCCUACAGAGCCGAAGUCCAAGCCAGUGAACCAGGACCCACUCAAGUGGUUUGGUGUUCUAGUCCCACAAACACUGAGAGUUAGCCAGAAAAGCUUUCAGGAUGCUAUACAGCUGGCAGUGGAAAUGGCCAACUUGCGACACAAACUUCUGACCAUCAAAAACAGCUAUCAAGAGCUUGAGAAAGCCAGAGUAGAAUCGUGAGGAAUCUUAGGAAAUUUGAAUGAUGGAAGUUUUGACGUUUUCUUUAUACAGGUAUCAAUCUAUGUAGCACGUAACAUUAUUAAUAAUCAGGAGACUGAAUAAGGAUUUCGGGAAUAACAUAUAACUUAUUGAAAAUGAUGGUUGGAAAUGCGAGAAAUUUCAUAACAAAACCUCCUGGAACCCUUCUUUACUUGCCAUGAUAUACAUGCAUGGUGUGGGUAGAGGUGUUACUCCAGUUGUAGCUUGCCUGUUUUCAGAAAUACGUUUUGCUGGUACUUGGUCCCAAACCUCCAGAUUUUAUUACUCCAAGUGUCCUUCACUGGUGAACCAAUCCACCCGGUGUAGGGGGAAUAUACCUGAGUAAUUUAUCUACCUGAGUUUUUAAGGUGUGCUUUUGUUUGUCAUCUUACAGAAAUGGAAGGGAAACCCAUACAGUGGCAAGUGGCUCCUUUUAUAUUACUCCUAGCAAUCACAGUACAUUAUAUAACCAGGAUUCACUUCCCUAAACUUAUAAUAUAAUUACAACUCAUAAUUUGAUUUUUGAACAAGACAUUUGUCACCUUUUCUGAAAGGGAAAUCAGACAAAUAUACAUACUUGUAAAGCUAAUUUGAAUAUUUAAAUUAAAGAUUAUUUUUCAUUAUUAUUUUUAAGUAUUUAAGUAUUAUUUGUGUUAAAUUUUAUUUAAACGUCUUGAUGCAUUUGUGAAAAAAGAAAAAGGAUGUGAAGUAAUGUAAUUUGUAAUUAACCAAAUCUGCUGGUCUUCCUACUUGUGAAACAGUCCUCAUGCACUAAGUUGUAAGUCUAACUGACUCAAAUGACCAUCAUGUAAUGUUUGGUCCAAGUCAUUGCCUAAGGACAUUAUGGAGUUACAACUCUCGCUGCACCUAUCGUACAUGCGGCUUGAAGUUUGUAGAAAUCAUCACCAUGGAUACUGCACAGGGAUUUGAUUCCUUCAGGAGCUGUCAGAAUUAAUCUGCUUACUGGCACAUGAUGAUAUAUGAUGCCACCCUCACAGAAUUUCUAAUAUCAACUUGCUCAUAAAUUUCUUUGUCAUUAUAUGAGGGUGUCUAGAUUAUAAAGCUGUAUUACAAUAUCACUUAAUACAGGAUUCACGUGUACCAGAAUACAGCUUAUUUUUAUGUAAGUGGUGUGCAAGUAUGGGAAGCAUAAUAAAGUAAAAAAAAAAUGACUUAUUGAAACAAUGUACCACAUGCUUAAGUUCUUGUUUACAGCAAUGAGUAUGAUGUGUUGAAAUGUAGAAAAUUCCAGCAAUUCGUCUCCCAAUGGGAUUCACAACAAUGACACAAUUAAUGUAUUAAAGUCUUUAUGUGAACAGAAACAUAGUAAAUGUUUCAUCAUUCAUGUAGUGAAAUAAAUGUCCUACUCCUUACAGCGCAUGCGCGUAUCGUAACACUGUUACCACUAGCAAAACCCUGAGAUUACUGGCAUCACGAUCAUGAGACUCGAAGUUGUAUAUAUACAUGUAUAUAAUUUUAAAAAAAACCUCUGUCUCAGCCUCUGUCUCUAAUAAUACUUUAUACACGUGUAUCCUCGUUAUCUAGAGUAUGUACUACAUGAUCCUAAUCAAAACUCCUAACCCAUAACACCCCGUACUUAAAUGGGGACCUGGGCGUUGCAAAUCUACCCGUCAUGGCCUAAACCGGUCACUGAGCGACAAUUCAACACAUGCUUGCAAUCGUUUUACUGGAUAUAAUUCAGCUAAAGGCCGACGCUUGCACGUGCUCCUCCAGAAAAUGACAUGCAUCCCUCAGUCUAUAUAAGCAUAGUGAAUCUGAAAUAACGGGGAUGGGUUUCAACACGUCCGUGCAGGAUGAAUUUAGUAGAGGAGUGCAGAAAAGUGAGCGUUGAGUGUUCACGCGGAGUUCUAGGCCUACUUCACGGUGGCC